AUGAUAAUUGUAUAUAGAUUAUGGCACGCGAGAAUGGCAGGUCUGGGCCACGUUCUUGAGUCUUUGGUCCAGGCCUGCACACCGACAAGAGAUGACUAUAAUAAACGAUUGGCGCUCAUCACGCGAAUUGAAGCGGCGUUACAGCGCGUCGGCAAUGUACAGAAUCUACGGGUCAUUCCCUACGGCAGUUUCGUUUCGCAGUUCUACAAUUCGACAAGUGACCUUGACCUUGCUGUUUGUGGCACGAUUCCAGUGGAUUGCUUGAAGCCUGGUUCUCGGGCGGAGAUUUUCGGGGGUGCCGCAGAGGAGGAAGAUGUGUCGGUGCACAAGCUAGACCAGCGCACCAAGCGGCAGCUGCUGCGGGAUGUGGGCCUCCGGCUGCUGGCCGCCGGUUUGGCCCGCCGGGGGUGUGUGGAGUUCAUCCUGCACGCCCGGGUGCCCAUCAUCAAGUUCGCGGACCCCAGCAGCGGUAUCGAGGUCAAGCUUUGGGCCAAAGCGCACUGCAUCAACGACGGGGCCUCCCACAUGCUCAACAGCUGGUGCCUCACACUGGUGGUGAUUUCCUUCCUACAGACCUACCCUGACCCGCCAUUGCUGCCACCGCUGUACGAGCUGUUGUACGAGGGGGUUCCUGACCUGGAGACCCCCCGCCUCAUGCAGGGCGGCAGGGAGCUCCCGCUCCAGGUGUACGACAUCAUGGAGUACCGCGCCAAGCACGCUCAGGAGCUGUACGGCACUCGUCCUUGCAAGCCCCUGGAGGAGCUGUUCCGGGACUUUUUGGAGGACGGGGCUCGCAAGCUGAGGUCGCUGCUGGCCCGGGAGAACGUGUUUCUGCGCUUAAUACUCCCUUUUAGCGGCGCUCGCAUGUGUUGUUUCCUUUGUCGCACCCUGCUCACUACCUUGCUACCUCUCUGCCUCCUCGCAUGUGCCCUCCCUGCCCGCCGCUUCUGCUGCCUGGCCAGGGACACGCGCAUGAGCGCCUUCUACGGCAAGAUGCUGCCCUCGCGACCCUUCCCCAUCUCGUAUGUGCUGUGUGUGGAGGACCCCUACGACGACACGGACAACACCGCCAGGACGCUAGGGAGAUGGGAAACACACCCGGGCACCAUACACUACAUCACCUCAGUGUUUGAGCGCACCCUGGGGCACCUGAACACUCUCUUGGGAACAACAGCAACAGCAACAACAACCGCCGCCGCCUCAGGCCCCGCGGACCACAGCAACCCCGGCAGCGAUGCCCAGGUCGGCGCCACCCCACCCCCCUCCUCCUCCUCCCCCAUGGCCUCCACGUUGGUGUUCCUGUUCGGCACUGAGCUGCUCACCCGGCUGGCCCCCCUGAGGGCGGAGCAGCUGUUGGGCGCGCGGCUGUGCGAGUGGGCGCGGGGGGCUCUGGCGGCCGGGCAGCCCGCGGCGGAGGUGCAGGAGGCGAUGCUCAGGAAGUUGGGAGCGGCAGGCGAGUUCAUGUCAUUCGGCUCGUUCAAGCGACGUGGCGGCAUCCCGGCACACAGAGAGGCCAAGUACGGCACACCCGAGGAGGAGGAGGCGGCGGCGGCGGCGGCUGCGGCGGCUGCGGCGGCACGGAAGGCUGCUAAGAAAGCCAGGGACUUAGAGAGGCGCGCGGCGAAGAAGGCCAAGGAAGCGGCGGAGAAGGCCCGGAGCGCUGCCAUGGCGGGCCCUCCAUCAUCCCGACAAUCACAGCACCCGCCACCACCACCGCCCGAGCAAUCGCGCGCCCGGCUGACGGCCGCUGCGAAGGCGACCCUAGGGAAAGCACUGCGCCCCCCGAACACGGGGAAGCUCUCCAGUGGACCCGGCUCAGGCCCAGAGCCGGGAGCUGGGUCCGCGGGGAGAGCGGCUUCGGGGCGGUCCCCGGCGGACGGAGCUUCAUCAGCCGCAUCGGCUGCAUUGCGGCGAAGGGCUCCAGACGCGGGGGGUGGGGUGCGGGGUGGUGCUGCCAGCAACAGCGGCCGGGAGGCAGAACAUGCAUCAGUGGUCACGGCCGCGGCAGCGGUGGCAGCAGCAGCUGCAGCGGCAGCGGCGGCGGCGGCGGCUGCUGGUGGCGGCUCCGGGUGCUCCGUCGAGGAUCAACGGCCGCUGCGGAGUGGGGGAGGUGGUCCUCCGGGGCCUCAGGUGGCUGAGGGAGCUGAGGGGCAGGGGCCGCAAGACUCCCUCCUCACGGAGGACAGGGGCGCCUCGGCGGACCACACAAAGGUCUUAGCCGCCAUGAGGGGUCUGCAGCUAGCAGAGCGCGGGACAGGGAAAAAGGGAAGAUGGAGGCGGCAGAAUUUCGGUGCGGAAGGCGCAACCGCUGGGGAAGAAGCCGGUGGUGGUGGGCAAGACGGAGGCGAGGUGCCCUCGGCUGUUCCGAGGGCGGACAGGCGCAGAGGUUCAAGGCGCCAGAGCAGCCAAGCGCCCACGGGGAGUGACGACGUGUUUCCCCCCCAGCAGCGCGCUCCGCUGCGGCUCUUACGGAGGAGCGGAGCGGUGCACCGAUGGGUUUCUCUAGUGGCUGAGCUGAUGGGAUCGUGGCUUGGUAGCGUGGUGCUGCGGCUGCGAGUGGUGGUGGUGGUGGCGGAGAGUGGUGGUGGUUUUAUAUUGUAUUGUGCAGGCUGCCCCCCCCAUAACCCCCUGAAGCCUCGCCGCACCGAACUGAAUGUUGACUUCUACACGCCGCGUAGUAACGUUGCCUUUGAGCGCGCACUACGAAGCCACCCAGCCCACGCCGAUGACAACGCGACGGAGGGAGGAUGUCAGCUCGAGCCCAGGAAUAGGUGGACCCUAGCCACCAACUACCAGCUACCCAUCCGUACAUACGAAUACUACACUACUACCCCCAUGAAAAUUAAAUUAAAUGUGGGUCCACCACACCGGAUAACCACCGGCACCACCACCUUGCUCGGUAGUAGGCAGGUAGCGAGAGAGAGAGUCCAGGAGGAGUCCACCUACCGCUAUCGCCAGUUCGCCAUUCGAGAUCAUUAACCGAUCUGUACUACAGCCGACGCCCAACCGACAACCGACACCAGCACCCGUGCUGGUAGCCACCACACCGACAAAUGCAGCCACAGCUGUGUUUGUGUAUGUUUGUACGUACAACCAGGAUGACUUGUACUAUUUCUAUUAUAUUAUUAUUCAUCAUUCAGUAGUAGAUGCAGCCUAUCUUCGCGAGUCUGUCUGUAUGUCUCUACAAACAAAGCACACCUAUGGUCCAUGGCGGCAUC